CGUGUUGUUGGUCUGAUCUGGUUUAGCAGCCCCUUCAAUGUCACGUUUGUUGUGUGUGAAAUUAUUCAACGUCUUACUGCGAAUGUGUCUAUGAACGUAUCAAAAAUGUAUAAAUUCAGCUGUAUAUUUGUUAAUUCCGCGAGUUCCGUAUGCAGACAGCUGACCUCCUCCCUAAAUGUAAAAGGAGCCUCUCUAUUUGGAAGCGGUGGGCUACAGAGAACACUGUGUAGCAGUGCUGUCAGACACCAGGAGACCUCAACAUCAAAUAAAGACUUCAGCCAAUUACCUCCCCUGCCUGGUGAGGACAGUCCACUGAGGUGGGAUGGGAAAAAGUUUGAAGAGUUGCCCAUUGCUCACAUCAAAGCCACGUACAACAACACACACAUUCAGGUGGUGGACAGCGGGGGACAGUCCAUGGUGAGGACGUCCUGCGGCACAGAAGGCUUCAAGAACAUCAAGAAAUCGACGCCAGUCGCGGCUCAGACUGCCGGUAUCUCUGCUGCUGCUAAAGCAACGGGGAAGGGAGUUAAGUUCGUUCGUGUGAUGGUCAAAGGUCUUGGUCCUGGACGUCUGUCUGCAGUCAAAGGCUUGACGAUGGGAGGCCUGGAGGUGGUAUCUAUCACCGACAACACCCCCGUCCCACACAACGGAUGCCGCCCACGUAAAGCCAGAAGGAUGUAGCACCUUAACUCACCGCGACAGGAGGAGGCUGUUGCGUGCUAAUGAAAGUGUUUUGUUUUGUGUAACUCUCCCCAGCUCUGAGCUGACCUUGCAUAACGUGUUUUGGAGAAAUAAUUGCUGAUGGUGUUGUUUAUGAGCAGAGAACAGGUGUUUUGUUUGUUGGCACAUAAAUAAACUGUUGGUCUCACUGCA